GAGAGAAACGAGAAAAAUACCUUAGAUUUUCUGAUCCAAAUCAGUUGGAAAAUUCAUCAUGUGUUGUAAUGAAAAAAACUCCAAAGGCGUCAAAUUCAUCAGAAGUUGUAUCUACCGUAUCAAAAUAUCCUGAUGUUGACGCUUAUAUUGCUGAUGCUUGGUCCAAGAAAACGCAAUAUACUAUAGAAACUGAAUUUUCUAAGGCUAUUUUCUUUCGCGAGAGGAAUAUAAUUAUAUACGAUGUGAAAAAGAAUAAAUAUUGCGAACAUAUGCAAAGAGAACACAAGAGUAAUGGGAUUAUACUUGUCGCUGAUUUAGAUCGAAAAAUUUUCUAUCAAAAGUGUCAUGAUCCAGAUUGCCGACUUAUAAAUUAUAAGUCGAACGAAUAUCCUCUACCCGAAUAUACAUACAAAAAUGUACCGGAUAUAGACGAUAACGAAAUGCAAGAAUUUGGUGAAAUUUGUGAUUAUCUACACUUUUUCUCCGAUGAAGAUGAUGACUAUUAA